UUGUGACGUCACGGGCAGAUCUACCCCCUCCUUCUUCCAUUUCUCCAGCCUCUGCCGCGACCGCGACUGAUCCAUCGCGCCGAACAAUCCUACUACGCCGUGGGCUGUCCCCUGCCUGCUUCCUACCCAGCCUUGGACCCCGAAGCGCGCGUCGUCGGCGGCGAUGAUGGGCGCCGGGUCGCCGGACACGGCGGCGGUGACGGCGCUGCUUCUUGUGGUGGUGGCGGCGCUCCUGGGAGCGGCCUCCGCCGGCGACAUCGUCCACCAGGACGACGACGCCCCCAAGAUUCCCGGCUGCUCCAACGAUUUCAUGCUCGUAAAAGUGCAAACCUGGGUCAACAACAGAGAGGCGGAUGAGUUUGUUGGUGUUGGUGCUCGGUUUGGCCCCAUAAUAGAGUCAAAAGAAAAGCACGCAAACCGGACAGGUCUAUUAUUAGCAGACCCUUUUGAUUGUUGUGCCCCUCUCAAAGAAAAGGUUGCUGGAGAAGUUUUGUUAGUGCAAAGGGGAGACUGUAAGUUCACCACAAAAACUAAGAAUGCCGAAGCGGCUGGUGCUUCUGCUAUUAUAAUCAUGAAUAAUCUCCAUGAGCUGUACAAAAUGGUUUGUGAUCAAAAUGAAACGGAUCUAGAUAUAAAUAUACCCGCAGUUCUUCUGCCAAAAGACGCAGGCACUAUUUUAAAGGGUCUUCUCUCGCUUGGUAAAGUUUCAGUGCAGUUAUACUCCCCAGAUCGACCUCUGGUUGAUACGGCCGAGGUGUUUCUGUGGCUCAUGGCUGUUGGUACCAUUCUUGGCGCAUCAUACUGGUCAGCAUGGAGUGCUCGAGAAGCAGUUACUGAGCAAGAGAAGCUUCUAAAGGAUGGACACGAAAGUUUAGUGAACUGUGAGGCUGGAGGUUCUAGUGGUAUGGUAGAUAUCACCAUGACGUCGGCAAUGCUGUUUAUUGUGGUUGCAUCACUCUUUCUGGUAAUGCUUUACAAACUGAUGUCUCACUGGUUUGUGGAGCUCCUGGUGGUUAUAUUUUGCAUUGGUGGUGUAGAGGGUCUACAAACGUGUUUGGUGGCUUUGUUGUCAAGGUACAUUUCUGGCUCUGCAAAACACAUUUGCAUUUUCUUGGUUAAGAUGCACAUUGUAGAUAUGCCUUAG